CACCAUCGCUCGACAGUUCAUUCCUUCAUCGUGAUUCCCAAUCGUAAGGUGGUUAUCCCGCUCUUCAUAUCCACGUUUCCGCUGUUUUAUUAAUUCACGUAAUUUUUUUUGUCUUUACUGUAACCCAAGUUUGUUAGUUUUUUUUGUUAAUUAAUACUAUAAAAUAAUGAAAUCAGCAUUAUUUUUACUAUUAAUCAGCAUCGUUGCUGUAACAGCGCAAAGAAGACUUGCGUUACCUGAUCCAAGAAGCUGUGCGAAUCGAGUACGUCAUGCAUCAUACAGAGAUGCAAGAGGUGUAGCUCAUUCAUACUUCUUCAGUUGGGAACAUCAACCAACAAGAAGUUUAGAAGUUGAUUGGUUGGAUUCACGUAAUAUUUGCCGUCGUCAUUGUAUGGAUGCAGUAUCAUUAGAAACACCGCAAGAAAAUGAAUUUAUUAAGCAAAGAAUUGCACGAGCAGGCAACAUAAGAUACAUCUGGACAUCAGGACGUAAAUGUAAUUUCAAUGGUUGUGACAGACCAGAUCUCCAACCUCAGAACAUUAACGGAUGGUUCUGGUCAGGAUCUGGAGCUAAGAUUGGACCAACAACUCAGCGUAAUACCGGUGACUGGAGUAAUACUGGUGGAUAUGGUCAAGCUCAACCAGAUAAUCGUGAAGCCGCUCAGGGUAACGACGAGUCAUGUCUAGCCAUUCUAAACAACUUCUACAACGACGGUGUCAAGUGGCAUGACGUUGCCUGUCAUCAUCUCAAACCAUUUGUUUGUGAAGACAGCGAUGAACUUCUCAACUUCGUAGCAUCUCGAAACCCCGGAAUUCGUCUUUGAAAUUAAUUAUAAUAAAUAAUAACUUAUAAUUAAUAUAGAUAAAAAAAAUGAUAAUAAUAUUAAAAAAUAAAAAACAAAAUAUCAUAAAUUAAAAAGUUUUUAUAUUGUAAUUGUCAAUUCUGUUUCAUCUCAUUUAUUUUUAUAAAAUUUAAUAUAUUUAUAUUGUACUAACAUUAUACUCAAUAUAUGUAGUCUAUAAUUAAUUAAGUUUAGUAAAAUAACAUAUGACUUGAUCGUCUGGACUGUUUUUAAAAUUUUUUACCAUUAAAAAAAUUAAAUAAACGUUUUAAUAUAAAUUUCUAUGAAUCAUAAUACAGCAACUCAAUAGUAUAUUUUGAUAUUAAAUUUCUUAGACAUGUUUUUAAUCUGUUAAGAUAUUUCACUGUUUGUUUUUAUGUAACAGACGAGAUCAGUCAUUAAAGAAAAUAGUUUUUUUUAUUAAUUAUUGUAC